CAGUUAAUAUUAACGUAGCAACAAAAGCGUAUAAAAACAUGUGUUGUAUGUUGAAACAUAUGUUGAAUUAAUUCAAUGUUAUUUAUAACCAUAAACCAGUUGUCAUACUUGAAUAUUAGUUGACCGAAGAUGACACAUCUCGCGUUAUGGUUUUAUUUAUGUAUUAAUUAUGUGUUAACACAUAAAUUGAAUGAAGUGUUUUCGUGGAAACAAUUGAAUUAUGACAUUAACGGUGUUUUUUAUAGGAAAAAUGAAAAUUUCGAAAGGAGACCAGAUGGUGUGUAUUUUGACGAUGAACUGGAGGAAAGGGAUAAAUUCUUUAUACAAUACAAUAACGUACCCAUAGGAUUUGAAUACGAUGGACAUCGUGUGUUUGUCACCGUUCCACGACGAAGACACGGUAUACCAUCAACAUUGAACUAUGUGCGACUUGGGGACAAAUCACCAUCACUACAUCCAUAUGCGGCUGGUACUAAGCUGGUCUCCGUAUAUAGACCAAGAAUAGACGUGUGCGAACGUCUCUGGAUGGUCGAUACUGGGCUUCUCGAAGUUCCUGGUGAAAGGCAGCAAGUCCAAAAACCGUCGAUUGUGAUAUUUGAUUUGAAAACUGAUAAACAGAUAUUGAAACAUGAACUAAAGGACAGUGACAUAUUCAACGAAAGGACUUCUGGAGGUCUCACCUCAAUAACUGUCGACGUAAACAAAUCAAAAUGUAACGAGGCAUUUGCUUAUAUAACUGAUUUAGCUACGAAUAGUAUAAUAGUGUUUUCCCUGAAAACUAAAACUACUUGGAGGAUCGAUGACCCAUCAUUUGUGUUUGAUAAGACAGCUUUGAAUUUCACAGUGGCAGGCCAUACAAUUAGUUGGCCUGAUGGCAUAUUCAGUUUGGCGUUGGUGGAUUUGAAUGGACGAAGAAUGGCGUAUUAUCAUCCCUUGAUGUCCACAAAUGAAUACAUGAUAGACACGGGGUACUUGAAAAACAAUUCGUUGCAAGGAAAUGUUCAGCUUUUAGGCAACCGCGGUCCUAAAACACAAAGCGGAAGCCACGCCUACCACGAGAAGUCGAAAACAAUUUUCUUUGCAAACGUUGCGAACGACGCCAUCUUGUGUUGGAAUGUGGAAAAGAAGAUGGCGCCCGAAAAUGUAGCCAUUGCUGCCCAAGAUCACGAGAAAUUAGUGUAUAUUUCUGAUUUGAAGGUGGUCGGAGAUGAGGUGUGGGUAUUAGUGAAUCAGAUACCGCGGUUCGUCUUCUCCACAUUGGAUGUGAAAGAGCCCAAUUAUUUUAUACAUAGGUCCCAAGUCAAGGAUUUGAUUCGAGGCACCGUUUGUGAUAGAUGUUAAGCUAAAUUUUUCAUUUGUUCCUUGUUUCCAAUAGCAUUAUUCCUGGGGCUUUAAAUUUGUAAUUUGGUGUGUCGUCUUCUUCAUAAAAUAAGAAGACAAAACUUUAGACAAUCUAAAGACUUAUGAGUCAGAGAUUCGAAUUCCGCAUUUGUUCUACCUAUAAUAUAAUCAUUGGUUGUGCCAAUUUAAUUCUUAUCUUAUAAUUAUGUCAACUGUAUUAUAU